AUUUUGUUUAUUACUACGCAACUAUUACCAUCUUUAUCCUCCUCGCGUCUGUCUCACUUGACCCGCCCAAAUUUUGACCGCUACGCACUCCUUGUGUCCGAAUGAGCAAUCCUCGCAUUGCCACGCCUCGUCAACAUGGACCGGGUCACUUUGGGGCCACCACGGCCGACAGAAGGCGUGGAGAUAUUCGGAUGCCACGUUUCUUCAAGAGGCUCUUCAAAUUUCCACAGAUGGACUUCGAAAUGGCCGUCUGGGAGAUGACGCAUCUUCUCAUCGCGCCAAAAAAGGUGUUCAAGUCGAUAUACUACCACAAGCAGACGAGAAAUACCUGGCAUCGACCGGAUCCUUCCUUCACCUACCUCCUGUCCUUCUUUCUCCUCCUCACGUCCUUCGCUUGGUCCCUGGCAUACACGCCCUCCUUGGCAUCGGUGGUUAAGCUCGCAUUAAUGUUUGUCGUUGUGCAUUUUCUGGCUGGCUCAUUGCUGGUGUCGACACUGGCAUAUUAUUUGAUUGGGCGUCUCUUGGGUCCAGGCAUCGCUGGACUCCCAGGCCGAAGACGUCAAGCGGGAUUGUUUGGUCCGCCUGGAGGAUCACGAGGAGCUGAAGUGUUGGAAUUCGGAUACUGUUUCGAUGUCUCGAUCCGCGCCUUUUUCCCGCCAUAUGUCCUGCUCUACAUCAUCCAAUACAUCCUCAUGCCGGUGAUCAAUCAUCAAAAUCGGGCGUCGACAUUUUUUGCCAAUUUGCUGUACCUAGCAGCCGGCAUAUACUGGAGUUUGAUCACAUUCCUGGGAUAUAAUGCGCUACAUUUCCUGCACCAUACCCAAUUUCUCCUCUCGCCUAUGAUAGCGUGGAUCGUCAUAUGGCUUGUCUGCACAGUCUUGGGCAUCAAUUUGACCACAGUGGGAACACAAUGGUUGUUUCUGGGAGUACGGAGCUGAGUGUAUACCUCCAAUCUACUGUCUGAUUCGAUGUAAUGAUGCAGGGUUGAGCAUUUCGAGAAAGCAAGCGCUUCAUCGUGGUGUCGUGUAUGGUUGUAUAUCUGGUUUUGGUGCUGGAAGGUUGCGAGAGGCCUUGAGGCCAAAUCUAGCUUGGUACC